AUGAGUUCCCUUCUCUCGAUCGCCUUGAUGGCCUUUCUCGCUGUCACCUCAACGGCGUCACCCCUAGCGGCGAACUCGAAACCGUCCACGACCGCCGCCUCGGUCCCCAUAUAUACACCCCUUACCCCAGCCGAGAUCAAGGCCCUGCAGACUGAGCUACUCCUCGCCCCCUCGUACAAGGACAAGGAGAAGGUCCUCUUCCCCCCCAACAACGGCGGCAGCGCCAACAACGUCUCCUUCCAGUUCGUCCCCAGCAACGGCCCAGCCCCCCAAGACGGCAGCGUCAUCGUCGGCAGCGUCGACUCCAUCCCAGGCCUGAUCGGCACCAACGUUGCCGCAGCCAUCGGCUUCAUCGGCCCCUGCGGCCUCAACGUCCCCCACCUCCACCCCCGCGGGAACGAGUUCCUGACCGUGGUCAGUGGCACCCUCAUCGGGGCCUUUCUCCUCGAGCCGGACGGGCCGUUCGUCGGGGACGUCCCCCAGGUCGCGAUGACGCUGAGCAACUACACCGGCAUGCUGUUCCCGCAGGGGCACACGCACUGGCAGUUCAACCCGACGUGCGAGCAGGCUGUGUUUUCGGCCGCGUUUGACAGCAAUGAUGAGGGACGGUUUCAGGUUGCCCAGACCUUUUUCUCGUCCAUGCCUGAUAAUGUGCUCACGGCGAGCUUGGGGAAUCCUACGUUUUUGGGACCGAAGCAGCUGGAUCAGCUGAGGGGGAUUAUCCCUAGUGCUUUUGUUGUCAUGGUGGAUAGUUGUGCCAAGGCUUGUGGGAUCAAGACUGCUUAG